AUGCCAGCUUCUCCUUCAUUCCCUUCAGACUCCCGCGGCAAAUGGAGGAAGCGAAAGCGCGACCCCCAAAUUCGCAGAGGCAAACGUGAGGAGGACGACGACGAAGACGACGACGCGGUUGCUGCCGCAGAAGACAACGACCUCGAACAGAACGAUGACGUUUCAGAGGAUCCCCACCAUAACCCUCAAUCCGGUGCCGCACCGGAUCCCGGCCCUCAUGAGACCGAGGUCCUCGACGGUGGGGUCCGCCAAAGCGACUUCCCUCCCGUCGUUUUGCGCACCGUGAACAGGCCCCACUCGUCCGUUCUUGCAAUUGUGGCGCUCGAGCGAGCCAAUCACAGCGGCGGGGACGCCAAGGGCCCCACCAGUCCGAUUGUCUUAGAGAAUGUGUCGUAUGGUCAGCUCCAGGCGUUGUCCGCCGUGCCCGCCGAUAGUCCGGCGUUGGAUCCGGACCGUGCAGAUGGUGCCGGGUCGUCUUAUGUGGUCACUCCGCCGUCGAUUAUGGAAGGCCGUGGCGUUGUUAAGCGGUUUGGGAACAGAGUUCAUGUGGUUCCAAUGCACGCAGAUUGGUUUUCACCAGCCACAGUGCAUCGACUAGAGAGACAAGUGGUGCCGCAUUUUUUCUCGGGAAAAUCGUCAGAUCAUACUCCUGAGAUAUACAUGCAAUGUAGGAAUGAAAUUGUUGCUAAAUACAUGGAAAAUCCAGAGAAGAGACUUGCAUUUUCUGAUUGCAGUAGAUUAGCAUUAGCAGGUCGUCUAAGUCCUGAUGAUUUGACUCGAAUAAUUCGUUUUCUGGAUCACUGGGGAAUUAUCAAUUACUGUGCUGUAGCACCGAGUCGAGAGCCUUGGAGUGGCAGUUCCUACUUAAGGGAGGAGCUAAAUGGUGAAAUUCAUGUGCCAUCAGCUGCUCUAAAAUCCAUUGAUAGUUUAAUCAAAUUUGACAAGCCCAGAUGUAGGCUUAAGGCAGCUGAUGUUUAUUCGUCUCUGCCAUGUCAUGAUGGUGAUGAUGUCUCUGAUUUGGACAACACAAUUCGGAAGCGUCUAUCUGAAAAUCAUUGCAAUCAUUGUUCUUGUUCUCUUCCCGAUGUAUACUAUCAGUCACAGAAGGAGGUUGAUGUACUUAUGUGCUCUAAUUGCUUCCAUGAGGGAAGAUUUGUGGUUGGUCAUUCAAGCAUAGAUUUCAUACGGGUGGAUUCAACAAAAGAUUAUGGUGAUACAGAUGGGGAGAAUUGGACUGAUCAAGAAACCCUUCUGCUGCUUGAGGCAAUGGAAAUGUACAAUGAGAACUGGAAUGAAAUUGCAGACCAUGUUGGUACAAAGUCAAAAGCACAAUGCAUCCUUCAUUUUCUUCGUUUGCCUGUGGAGGAUGGCCUGCUGGAAAAUAUUGAAGUUCCAGGCGUGUCCAUGUCUUCCAACUCGUCAGAUAGAGAUGGUCGUGGAGGAUUUCAUUCAAACUCAAAUGGGGAUACGGCAGGUGCCCACAAGAUGUUGAUUCUGAAAGCAGGUUCAAAAACAUUUGCGAAUUUCUGGGAAUCCAGUCAUGUCCCUGUGGAAAUACUUCAAACAGAUGUAGACCGACUAUGCAAUCAGGAUAAAUAUUUUGAUAGAGAGGCAGUUAUGGUUGCAUUUCUGGCCUCUUCUGUUGGGCCAAGAGUUGCUGCAUCUUGUGCCCAUGCAGCAUUGACGGUAUUUUCUGAGGACAAUGGUGUAUCUGCUUCUGGAAGUAUUUUGCAGAUGGAAGGACAUAGGAUGAACCCUGAGAGCAUACAUGGUAGAGAAGGUGGGGCUCAUGGAAAUAUUGCAAAUUCACUUCAGCAGAAGGAAGAGAACACAGCAGGACAUGGUUCUAGGGGUCAAAAUGAGGCAGGGACAAUUCCAAUACCUGCAGAGAAAGUUAUAGCUGCUGCCAAAGCUGGCCUUGCUGCCGCUGCAGUAAAGGCAAAAUUAUUUGCUGAUCAUGAAGAACGGGAAAUUCAGAGACUAUCUGCUAAUAUCAUAAAUCAUCAGUUGAAGAGAUUGGAGCUGAAGUUAAAGCAGUUUGCAGAAGUGGAAACUUUUCUAAUGAAAGAAUGCGAACAAGUGGAGAAGACUAGGCAGAGGAUGGCUGGUGAACGUGCCCGUCUUAUGUCAGCUCGGUUUGGACCUGCUGGCGCUGCACCUAUGGGUUUAGCGGGUCUUGGUUCUUCCAUGUCUAAUAAUAACACUAGUACCGGUAGGCAACAAAUAAUGUCACCUUCAGCUUCACAGCCAAGUGUAUCAGGAUACAGCAACAACCAACCAAUCCAUCCCCACAUGCCAUUUGUGCCACGCCAAUCAAUGUUAGGGUUGGGGCCGAGGAUGCCCUUGACAUCCAUACAGUCAUCCUCAUCAGCUCCAAAUGCCAUGUUUAAUGCUGCAGGGACUGCCCAGCCGACUCUAAAUCAUCCAAUGUUGAGGCCUGUACCAGGUACUAGCUCUGGUCUAGGUUGA